AUGUACACGAUGGCUCCUCUUUGGAAGAGGAUAUUGUGUCCUUGCCGAGAAUGUGAGGCAGACGAAGAUGAAGGAAGUGAUCAUCAACAGGACGAAACGAAGGCCGAAAGAGCUGUGGCACACAGUGACCAACGUCGAGCUGAGGACGCGGAAGGUGACAACCAGGCUGGGGGUGAUCAAACUCAAGGUAACAGCUAUGGAGGAGCUUAUUCCGUGGCAAGAGAUCUCCAUGAUGGAAGUAAAGAUGCGAAGGGCAAUGACCAAACUCAAUAUCAUGACACAGAACAUGUCAGGUGCAAUAGUAUUUAUGAUGUGGCAUGGGGCACUUUGGUUAAAGAUGGUGUCUCAAAUAGCAAUGGCCACAAUGCACUUAAUGCUACUGAAGGUUACAGAGAUACAGAAGCAGCAUCUGCCAACAUAACUGGGGGGAAAUAUUAUAAAGCCAGUGAACGUUACAAAGCUAGUAAUGAUGCAGGUGACAGCGGAGAUGGAGACAAAGACAAGGCAGCUGUCAGACAGAACCAAGGCCAUGAUUUGAAAGAAAAAGCCACUUAUCAAAGUGAACAUGCUGCAGGUGACAGCACUGAUGGAGACAAUAAUAAGGCAGGUGCCACACAGAAUCAAGUCCUUGAUUUGAAAGAAAAAGCCACUUAUCAAAGUGAACAUGCUGCAGGUGACAGCACUGAUGGAGACAAUGAUAAGGCAGAUGCCACACAGAAUCAAGUCCAUGAUUUGAAAGUAAAAGCCACUUAUCAAAGUGAACAUGCUGCAAGUGAUAGCACUGAUGGAGACAAUGAUAAGGCAGGUGCCACACAGAAUCAAGUCCAUGAUUUGAAAGAAAAAGCCACUUAUCAAAGUGAACAUGCUGCAGGUGACAGCACUGAUGGAGACAAUGAUAAGGCAGGUGCCAGACAGAAUCAAGUCCAUGAUUUGAAAGAAAAAGCCACUUAUCAAAGUGAACAUGCUGCAGGUGACAGCACUGAUGGAGACAAUGAUAAGGCAGGUGCCACACAGAAUCAAGUCCAUGAUUUGAAAGAAAAAGCCACUUAUCAAAGUGAACAUGCUGCAGGUGACAGCACUGAUGGAGACAAUGAUAAGGCAGGUGCUACACAGAAUCAAGUCCAUGAUUUGAUAGAAAAUCCCACUUAUCAAAGUGAACAUGCUGCAGGUGACAGCACUGAUGGAGACAAUGAUAAGGCAGGUGCCACACAGAAUCAAGUCCAUGAUUUGAAAGAAAAAGCCACUUAUCAAAGUGAACAUGCUGCAGGUGACAGCACUGAUGGAGACAAUGAUAAGGCAGGUGACAGCACUGAUGGAGGCAAUGAUAAGGCAGGUGCCACACAGAAUCAAGUCCAUGAUUUGAAAGAAAAGGCCACUUAUCAAAGUGAACAUGCUGCAGGUGACAGCACUGAUGGAGACAAUGAUAAGGCAGGUGCCACACAGAAUCAAGUCCAUGAUUUGAAAGAAAAAGCCACUUAUCAAAGUGAACGUGCUGCAGGUGACAGCACUGAUGGAGACAAUAAUAAGGCAGGUGCCACACAGAAUCAAGUCCAUGAUUUGAAAGAAAAAGCCACUUAUCAAAGUGAACAUGCUGCAGGUGACAGCACUGAUGGAGACCAUAAUAAGGCAGGUGCCACACAGAAUCAAGUCCACGAUUUGAAAGAAAAAGCCACUUAUCAAAGUGAACAUGCUGCAGGUGACAGCACUGAUGGAGACAAUGAUAAGGCAGGUGCCAGACAGAAUCAAGUCCAUGAUUUGAAAGAAAAAGCCACUUAUCAAAGUGAACAUGCUGCAGGUGACACCACUGAUGGAGACAAUAAUAAGGCAGGUGCCAGACAGAAUCAAGUCCAUGAUUUGAAAGAAAAAGCAACUUAUCAAAGUGAACGUGCUGCAGGUGACAGCACUGAUGGAGACAAUAAUAAGGCAGGUGCCAGACAGAAUCAAGUCCAUGAUUUGAAAGAAAAAGCCACUUAUCAAAGUGAACAUGCUGCAGGUGACAGCACUGAUGGAGACAAUGAUAAGGCAGGUGCCACACAGAAUCAAGUCCAUGAUUUGAAAGAAAAAGCCACUUAUCAAAGUGAACGUGCUGCAGGUGACAGCACUGAUGGAGACAAUGAUAAGGCAGGUGCCAGACAGAAUCAAGUCCAUGAUUUGAAAGAAAAAGCCACUUAUCAAAGUGAACAUGCUGCAGGUGACAGCACUGAUGGAGACAAUGAUAAGGCAGGUGCCAGACAGAAUCAAGUCCAUGAUUUGAAAGAAAAGGCCACUUAUCAAAGUGAACAUGCUGCAGGUGACAGCACUGAUGGAGACAAUGAUAAGGCAGGUGCCACACAGAAUCAAGUCCAUGAUUUGAAAGAAAAAGCCACUUAUCAAAGUGAACGUGCUGCAGGUGACAGCACUGAUGGAGACAAUAAUAAGGCAGGUGCCACACAGAAUCAAGUCCAUGAUUUGAAAGAAAAAGCCACUUAUCAAAGUGAACGUGCUGCAGGUGACAGCACUGAUGGAGACAAUAAUAAGGCAGGUGCCACACAGAAUCAAGUCCAUGAUUUGAAAGAAAAAGCCACUUAUCAAAGUGAACGUGCUGCAGGUGACAGCACUGAUGGAGACCAUAAUAAGGCAGGUGCCACACAGAAUCAAGUCCAUGAUUUGAAAGAAAAAGCCACUUAUCAAAGUGAACGUGCUGCGGGUGAAAGCACUGAUGGAGACAAUAAUAUGGCAGGUGCCAGACAGAAUCAAGUCCAUGAUUUGAAAGAAAAAGCCACUUAUCAAAGUGAACAUGCUGCAGGUGACAGCACUGAUGGAGACAAUAAUAAGGUAGGUGCCACACAGAAUCAAGUCCACGAUUUGAAAGAAAAAGCCACUUAUCAAAGUGAACAUGCUGCAGGUGACAGCACUGAUGGAGACAAUGAUAAGGCAGGUGCCACACAGAAUCAAGUCCACGAUUUGAAAGAAAAUGCCACUUAUCAAAGUGAACGUGCUGCAGGUGACAGCACUGAUGGUGACAAUGAGAAGGCAGGUGCCACACAGAAUCAAGUCCAUGAUUUGAAAGAAAAAGCCACUUAUCAAAGUGAACAUGCUGCAGGUGACACCACUGAUGGAGACAAUAAUAAGGCAGGUGCCAGACAGAAUCAAGUCCAUGAUUUGAAAGAAAAAGCCACUUAUCAAAGUGAACGUGCUGCAGGUGACAGCACUGAUGGAGACAAUAAUAAGGCAGGUGCCAGACAGAAUCAAGUCCAUGAUUUGAAAGAAAAAGCCACUUAUCAAAGUGAACAUGCUGCAGGUGACAGCACUGAUGGAGACAAUGAUAAGGCAGGCGCCACACAGAAUCAAGUCCAUGAUUUGAAAGAAAAAGCCACUUAUCAAAGUGAACAUGCUGCAGUUGACAGCACUGAUGGAGACAAUGAUAAGGCAGCUGUCAGCCACAAUGAAAAGCAUGAUUCGGAAGCCAACAGCUCUUAUCAAAGUAAUGAUAAUGCAGGCAACACCAUUGAUGAUGUCAAUCAUGUGGAAGGUGUCAGCUGCAAUGUAGAGUUUGAUCUGAAAACUAAUGGCUUUAGUGAAAGUGGUCUUUUUGCAGGUGAGAUCUACGAUGGAGCAAACGAUGCAGCAGAUGUCAUCUGCAAUAGUGGGCAUGAUUUGGAAUGUAUUGGUGAUGACGAAAAUGGUGAUGCCGCAGGAGCUCUGCACAAGCACACGGAUUUGACAUCUGAUCUCAUCCUCACAGCACCAAUGAGAGACCGCUAUAAACACAAAAAAUCUAUUAUUCUCAAGUGCUUGUUAAGAACUCCACAAGAAGCAAUUAAUCACAUACUGCAGGAAGUAUUGCUUAGUGAGCUCAUGCCAUCGCAGUUGUGGGCAAAGAUCUGA